AUGGUACAUAGCCCGUCCACCGCAUUACGCGUUGCGGUCCUCUACCAAGCAUGCGACCCUCCAGAGGUCAACGGUGUUCGCAAACCCAAGAAACCCGGGGGAUAUCAAGACUCAGGGGCCGACAUCGCUUACGUCCUUGCAUCCAGAAAGGAUGUCCAUGUCAUUGUUGCAGAGAGGAAUCCUGACCCAAAGCGAGAUGGAGGCUGGUGCUAUCCUGACACAGAGGCAGGCAUCCUGUCCGCCAUCGAGCGAGGCGCCAACAUUUUAUGGGCGAACACGAUUCUAUUUGCCUCGCACCCUCUGCAGACCUCGUCAGCUCUUGACAAGUAUGCUGCUGAGAUGAAAGUCGUGGGUCAACCCCCGCGAUUCGUCCAACAAUACGACGACAAGAACUAUGUCAACAAUCUCCUCCGCAAGCAUGGCGGCUUCACCGUGCCUCGCUCAUGGACCUUGGACUCCACAUCAUCGCUCAGCCUUGAAACCUUGCCAUACCCAAUCGUUGCCAAACCGAUUCGUGGCCGAGGGAGUCACGGCGUCAAGGUGUGCCGCAACUCAUCAGAUCUCUCUGCGCAUUUAUCAGUCUUGUUCAAGGAAAGCCCAAUCGCCAUGGCUGAAGAGUAUCUCUCUGGCCAGGAAGCGACCAUCACGGUCAUGCCGCCAUCCGAGGACCGUGAAGGUUAUUACGCACUGCCACUCGUCGUGCGCUUCAACCACCAAGACGGUAUCGCACCGUACAACGGCGUCGUAGCUGUGACAGCCAAUUCAAAAGCCCUGACACCGCACGAGGCAGCUGCAAAUCCACGGUAUCAAGAGAUCAGCAAGGAAUGCGAAGAGGUGGCUCGCUUGCUGCGGGUGACGGCGCCGAUAAGAAUCGACGUCAGGCAGCUCACAGAGGCAACGGAUUCCCAGUUCGCAAUCUUCGACGUCAAUAUGAAACCCAACAUGACCGGUCCAGGCCGACCGGGCCGCGAAGAUCAGGCAAGUUUGACGGCCAUGGCUGCCAGCGCGCUGGGAUGGGACUACCCGGAGCUGUUGGUAAAGAUGCUGAAGUCUGCUCGAACGUUGCAAGAUCUGAGGCAGAUGGAUGUCUAA